AACGCACGAGAUAGGAGUCUAGGAGUCCAGUAGGCUCUGAGGGAUUCUUUUCGUCUUUAGUUAUCGCCUGUGGUCGGAAUGGUCUCCUAAGUUUCGUUAGUGAUUUAAACCUUGUAGUGACGUUAAACAAUGUGUUCCAAAUGGAUUAUCCUGGUGGCGUUCAUCACGCUACAAGGUGGUGGUCGUGUGUCAGGCCAGAAUGUUGAUUUCAAGAACAUCCAGUCUUUCUUGAACCAGUUCUGUAUUCCUGGAUCAAGCAAUCCGGGCUGUACCAAUACCUCAGUGGUUCCCGCAGGAGGAUCACGCCCUACGCAGACCCCCUCGCCUACGGUAGUCCCGUUCCCCUCGUCCACAGCGCCGCCUGUGCCCACGUCUCCGUCAGGAUGCUUCGCCAACGAGAAGCGCUGUCCACAGCUUCUGAGCCGAUGCGUCCCCGUCGAGAUCGACUGCAACAUCGUCGAUUCGGGCGUGACGUGCAGGAUUCCUGAAGAUUUUGGUGUGAAGACCCAGGUACUGAUAUGCGGAGACGAUACUCCCGUAGGGGUAAGGUGUGGAAUUGAUACAACCGUGCCAGUUUUAACUGUGCUUUUAGUGCAGUGCCAAGGCGGUAGUCAGGAUAGCCUGAAGCCCGUGACUUCCCUGGAUGUGCUCCUUGCCCCAGGAGGGGAUGGGGGCGCUGGCAUCUACCAGUGUUCUCCUAGAGGGGCCUGGGAACCCCGGCUUGGCUCCCCCUUCCUGAACAGCCUGACGGUGUCCUGUAGGAAUGCAGGAUGUGGCAAAUUGCCCCAGACCUCUCAGGACACGCCCAUCCACAGGAGGUGGUCCUGGGUCAGGGAUCUACAAGAAGGUCAGAUUCACUGCACGGGCACCUUGGUGUCCAAGAACUGCAUGAUCACAGCAGCUCAUUGCGUCACUCGAUCCCCUGUAACCAAUGAAGUGGACGAUAAGCUGGAUGAUUACAGGAUCGAACUCCCUGGGCCAGACAUGAACAAUCCGUCGAUUAAGACCAGACCUGAGAGGAUCCACAUACACCCGAGGUACAGGAUCAACAAUGACGUCUACGAGCAUGACGUGGCCAUUAUCACCUUCGCUUUCCACGCGUCUUACGAAUUGCCCGCAGUGUGCAUUACCGACCACCCCUACGCCCCAGGGCAGGGGAAGGCGCAAGUGGUAUUCAACCUGGACAGCAAUCCAGCGUUCAUUGGAUUGCAGAAUCCAGUCCCUCACUGGAAGUACCUGGAAGCCAGCUGGGAUAAGUCUUGUGUCACCACGAGGUCCUCCUCCCCGAGUGCCUGUGCCGAUAACCUGCCAGUUCGCAGUUCACAGUUCUGCGCUUCUCAUUUAGGUUCCUCCUUAGCCAAGGGCUCCUCGGGCGGCCCCUACCUAGCAGAAGUGGGCAACCAGGUGGAGGAAGUGUGGGUGCUCAUGGGUGUCCUGUCUGCGACGUCACAGCUGACCGGUUCCUCCAACUGCGUCCAAGAACACUCCGUCUACGGGCAGGUGUCCGACGACUCCAGGUGGAUCAAGGAUUGUGUUUUCGACGGGAGAUGCGCAUUUUGAUCGUCUCUCUUUUUGAUUGGCUCAGUAUCAAGCAGCGUUCGUCUCUUGUUUUUUGGAAGUUGCCAGUGUUAGAGAUACCUUCUUCUUUUUUUGUUUAGAGAUUUAAUUGUUCUGGUGUUUAUUGUUUCUUUAUAAUUAUUUUUUUUAUCGUGUUUUUUUUAUUAUUGUGGUUUUGUAUCUAAAUGUUAUUGUUAUUAUUUUUGUCUUCGGUAACUAAUUGUUUUUGUGUCCAAUGUAUGUGGUUUGAUUCUUUCAUUUCUAAAUUAUAUCUAGUAUAUAUACAUCUCCCUCUCUCUCUCUCUCUCUCUCUCUCUCUCUCUCUCUCUC